AUCUAACAUGAACACCCACACUUCCUGUCGUUAUCAUCCCCGCAUUCUGUGUACCUAGGUAUAGAUGAAUACUUGAGAUCUUAGGCGAACCUUUCAUUGCCACUGUGGAUGUGCAAAGUACCUGGAUCGGCCUCCAAACACCAUCCCACGAAUUCUCGGACACGUCUCCAUCCAGCGCCUUUGGACUACAGAUCGCUAGCGUUGUGCUUAUCCGGUGCGUUUACAGGCGAUAUCAAUUCACUCCUGGGCGCAUACGUUCCCGUCUUGUGGCUUCUAUCUCAGCUUGGAGGGUCCUGCUUAAUUCUUUGUCGUCGUUGCCAACACUACGAUACCUGACAUGGCGCAACCUAUCCAAAUUGCAAUGCUCAAUGCGGAUGUUCCUGUCCCUGUUGUUCGUACGAAAUACGAAACCUAUGGAGACAUAUUCCACGAACUUUUGACAGCCGCAUUAUCACGCACACAGGCCUCCACCAAGAUCCAUUCCGUUAACUACGAUGUUCGAAAAGGAGAAUAUCCCGAGUCCCUCGCGAGCGUGGACGCUGUAAUCAUUACUGGCUCUGCGUCGUCUGCAUAUGACCAAGAUCCCUGGAUCCCGCAAUUAGACAAAUACGUUCAGCAUAUAUACUACAACCACCCACAUAUCAAGAUCUUUGGAUCUUGUUUCGGUCACCAGCUUCUCUGCCAAAGCUUGUUGGGUGUUUAUGGCAUCAAGGUGGAAAAGGAUCCCAAUGGAUGGGAGCUAGGAGUGCAAGAGAUCCAGCUCUCAGACGAGUUCCGCGACGCAUUAGCGAAGACUGCCGGGCCUCUUCUCGAUGGCCAAACUUUGACAUAUAUACCGAAAACGCUGCAACUACAAUUCGUCCACGCUGAUCAUGUUAAAAUACCUCCUGGUGCUCUUCCCCAGUCAUGGAUGACGAUAGGGCAUACUCAGCAUUGCGCAGUGCAGGGUGUUUAUCAACCCGGCCGUGUUCUUACCUAUCAGGGUCACUUUGAGUUUGAUAGGUUCGUAAACACCGAGGUCUUGAAGGUAUUCGGCGCGAAGUGGCCGUAUGCAGAACUGAAUCAGGCACUGGUUGAGAUCGAUCGAGAUGAUGAUUCGGGGAUCGCAGCAGAGAUGGCUUUACAGUUUUUACUGGAUGGACAAGUCUACACUCAGGAGACAGGAAAGGGGCUUCUUACACCACCUUUGGAGAAAUAGUCGGUCAUUCUCAUCAACUUCUGCUUAGUCGUUACAAGCUCUGUUCAUAUCGCAGCGUUUUGCAUUCAGUAGUCCUUAAUCUCUUCCUUAGACUAUUUCAUUGGCAUGUACCCAUUUUAGCGUACUUGAAUGAUCAUUAUAC